UUAAAAGGGCAUACUUGUACACACACAGAUACAGGCAUUUCUCUCUGCGUGCGAGAAACACACGGUGUAUACGUAUACUUUUUUUUUUUACAUGUAACUACAACAUUUUUCUGCGUCUCUCUCCGCCUUGCCUCACUAUCAUUUGACUUUUUUCUCUCUUUAACAAUUUGUACAUCUCACUCACUCGCAAAUCACUCUGUUUUUCUCGAGCAGUUCUACAUUGCAAUGUUUCGUCCCGUGCUGCGUUUAAACGUCUCGCGCACCAUCCCGUUCAACGAUCUCCAACAAACCGGCCGAUUGUGAUACACGAAAAUCAUGGAAUGAUAGAGCAAAACGUUGUACCGGACCUCCACCGACAUGGACAACACUACACAGGAAUUUGAGUUUCUUGACUUCACAGAUAUCAAUGACAUGGAACGUGGUCGGUUGCUACACAUGCUCUAUUCCGCACGUAACGAGUCAUGGGUAUCUGGACAAGAUGGAUUCAAACACCCUGACUUUCCUUGGACAUUUAGAGGCAACCAACAACAACCAACUCCUCAACCUGAUGUGAACGAAGUGGGAAACAUUACACAUAUAGCUGACUGGAAUACUGCAGCUGAUGAAUAUGAUAGUGGUCAUCCAACAGUAAAUGGUGACGGAGAACCAGAGAAUCAAGUUAUAAUGAAUGGUGGUAAUUUUGUCCCUGGUCCUCCUCAGCAAGUUUACCAAAUGGUACCAAACCCACCAGUUUACAUGGGAAAUGUACCUCCUCCUGUACAUGGAUAUGUUCAGUCACCAAUGUCUCCAUAUCAACAACCGAUGUAUCCAGGUCCAGAACCACCUAUGGACCCUAAUCACAGACGACCAAAUUUAUCAAGGAAUGGAAAAGGUAUUCCUCCACCAAAUGUGAAACGAAAUAAUGAUAUGGGAUAUCGGCAUCCAGAAAACAUAGAAAUGGCUAACUACCAAACACCACCUGCAUAUAUUGCAGUUCCACCACCACAUUAUUACUAUUCUCCUCAAAAUAGUCCUUUGUAUUUACCUCAUCAUGGACAUCCUACUUAUCCAAUGUAUCCCCAUCCACAUCCAGGUAUGUAUAAUCCAUAUCCACAACCAGGUCCACCUAUGUUUCACUCACCUCCAGCUGGUCAAGUACCUCAACAACCACUUCUAGUCGAAUCAUGCAAACCCAAUAUCAAUCCAAUACCACCUGUACAUAGUAUUUAUCCUCAAGUACCAGAAAACAUUGUUGGUGAUUCACCUUUAGAUUUAGAAAUGUUAUCUUCAAUUCCUCAAAGUGAAGAAAUUCACCAAAACUUAGAGCAUGUUAAAAUUGAAGAUGCCCAUGACACCAAAUCAGUUGAACUUUUAAAAGAAAAUCAACAAGUUGGUUUGGAAGAAAUUUCUUCAAAUGUAGAAAAUAUUGCAUUAAAUGAAAUUCAAGAAAAAGUUAAAGAACAUCCUGUAGUUAACAAAAGUAAAAAAAAAAAGGAAGUUCCAACUAAUGGUUCAUUAAAUGUAGUCCAAGAUAAAAAAAAAACAGAAAAAGAAUUUACAUCUAUUCCAGCAGGAAAAAUAAACCCAGAAUCUAAUAAAAGUCAAGAUUCUUCCCAGCCACCUAUUCCAUCAGUUAAACUUGAAGUUGUGGAACCUGUAGCUACCAAGCCUGUUGCUAAAACUUGGGCAGGACUAUUCUCUGGUUGCCCUAGUACUAGUGAUAAUAAAGUUUUUACACUGCAUGGUAGCAGCCAACCAGUUUCUAGCACCAGUCAAACAGAAAACAUAGUGAUGCCAACUAGAAGUAUUCCAGAGAGUACUGUAAGGUCAACAGUUUUUGUCACUAAUAAUAAUCAGAAGCAACCUACUCAGCCUAAACCUAGACCUUCAAGUAGUAAUUCUAUAUCAAGUAUUGAUGAAAAUUCAACUUACAUGCUAAGAUUAGGUGAAUUUCUCUCUGGUUAUAAUUUGGAUCACAAGACUGUUAAUUUGCAACCACGUGGACUUAUAAAUCGUAACACUCGUUGUUAUAUAAAUGCCACUUUACAAGCAUUAUUGACAUGUCCUCCAUUUUUCAAUCUAAUGAAAAGUGUACAAUUCAAAUUAAAGAAUCGAAGUAAUCGCGUUACGCAAAAGUCAUCAACUCCAAUCUUAGAAAGCAUAGUUCAGUUUGUUGGUGAAUUCCAGCAGUUGGGUAUCAAAAAUGGGAGGACUACUCAACAACAGCGACAAGCAUCUUCUGUCUCUACUCAAGAUGUUCCUGAUGUUGGCUCAGCUUUUGAACCAAGUUAUGUGUAUAAGAUACUUCCUUCCUUUGAAGAAGGUCGUCAAGAAGAUGCUGAGGAAUUCAUGAGUUAUCUUCUUAAUGGCAUAAAUGAUGAGAUGAUUGAAUUGAUAAAAUUAAGCAAAUCCAAUGUUAGCAAUGGUGAAGCACUUUCUGAAACUGAAGGCAUUGAUAAUAAUAAUGAAUGGAAGGAAGUAAAUGGUAAACACAAGAUGGUAACAAGAAGAACAGUUCUUGAAAAAACACCAUUAUCUGAAAUAUUCCGUGGACAAUUACGCACGCGAACUGUUAAAAAUGGUGAAAGUGAACCAACAGAAAAUAUUGAACCUUUUUUCACUCUUAAACUUGAUAUUGAAAAAGCUAAAUCAGUACGGGAAGCAUUAGACAUGCUUGUUACAAAAGAUACUCUUGAAGGCUUUACAUGCCCCAAAACAAAUCGUGAAGUUGAUGCUUAUCAACAAGUUACUAUUGAUGAGCUACCAUAUGUUUUACUACUGCACCUAAAAUGCUUUGAAUAUAAACAACAGAAAAUGACAAAAAUAGUUAAAAAUGUUGAUUUUUCUGUAGACCUUAAAAUAGAACCAAAGUUGAUAUCAAAGAAUUCAAAGAAUAGUUUGAAGACUCGACAAUACAAACUUUUUGCUGUGGUUUAUCAUGAUGGAAAAGAAGCAACAAAAGGUCACUAUUUUGCUGAUGUGUUCUAUGUAGCGUUGGGUCGGUGGUUACGGUUUGAUGAUGCAACUGUUAGAUUUGUGACUGAUAAAGAAGUAUAUCAACCAAAACCUCCAUGCAUGCCAUACUUGUUGUAUUAUAGAAGAAAUGACACUAUUGCUGCACUAUCUGCAUUUGACAAUAAAAGCAGAUAAAUAGUUUUACAUACACUUGUGAUAUUAAAAUGUCAAAAUGCAAAAAUACCUAGUGAGCCAUUGGAUCAUUAGGUAUUUAUAUUUUUUAGUUGGCCUCCCUAGACAUUGGGUAGUAUUUAAUUUUUUCUGUAUGUGGAAGCAAACGCAGGGUUAUCUUAAACAACAAAUAUAUUUUUAUUUAUUUAUGAAAUAAAAUAGUAAUUAAUUAUGAAUGCUAAUAAUUGUCUAUCAUUGACAAUUUUAUAUUUGUCUUCUUUUAAAAGUACUAUCAAAUUUAUUUUAAGGAUUUAUAUAUUAUAACAUUGGCAACAUGUUUAGGGGUGUGUUAACGAUUAAGUAAAACAAUUUGGUUUAUUUUGUUAGUGCAUGGCAUUUGUAAAAUAUUUAUAAAUAUAAAUGAUACGAGACUAAAAUUAUUAAUUUUUAUUAACUCAUUUAUUUGUUAAUAUAAAUACAUUUUUAAUCAAUAUUUUUUCUUCUGUAAAGUAUUAAAUUAUGUUUGUGUACAUAAAAAUUUAAUUGUAAAGUAUAGUAUCUUAGAAAUUAUUGAGUCAUGGUUGAUUUUUAUAAUUAAUAAAUAAAUGAAUGUGUAUAAUAAUGAUACUGAAGUGAAACUGAAACAAUGAUAUAAAUGUUCAUCAACCACUUAUUAAUUUAUUAAUCUAUUUUUAAAUAACUUCAAUUUUUUAUGUUAUUGAGUAUAUAUGCUUAUUAUAAGUAUUUUUUUUCAAAACUAAAGUCUCAACCCAAAUUUAUUGUUUUAUUUUCAUUUUUCUAUUAUGUUUAUACAUAUUUUUUAUUGAAUACCUAGAUGUUUUGAUUGCAACUAUAGAAAUAUUUAUAAUUACCACCUACACAUGUAAAUGUCAUUUAUAAUUUUUUAAUCAUUACAGUUAUAAACAUUAUACAUUAUGUUUAAUGGGUUAUUA